CCCAAAUACUGACAUUAAACACGUUUUUCAAGAAAAUGAUCUGUAUGUCUCUGCUAGAUUUCACCUUGGAUCUGGACUAUUGUUUGAAGACCGGUUCACGCCACAGUGACGGCAGGCGGGGCUGAGAACGAGGAAGUAGAUCCAGACUGUCUGAGUUUUAUGACCAUAACAAGAGGAGCAGCAGGAUGGACGAGGAGGCAUCACAGCACGAAGAACCGGAGCUCCGGCUGGUGCUACUGGGCCGAGCCGGGGCAGGGCAGAGCUCGGCCGGAGACGCCAUCCUUGGCCGGCCAGCCUUCCAAAGCGGGGAGGACGUUGCUGGUGCCCAGUGUCAGAGGCACAGAGGCCGGGUCGGGGGGCGACAGGUCGUCGUGGUGACCGUUCCAGACUGGUUCAGCCCCCGGGCUCCUCCUCCAGAGGAGGCGCGGGCGCUGGUCUCCUCCUUCGUGGCCCUCUCCUCCCCGGGGCCCCACGCCUUCCUGCUCUGUGUCCCCGGGGACCAGCCCCCGGACGGGGAGGAGCGGGCCCUCGCCGCCCUGGAGCUCAUCCUGGGGCCCCUGGCCGUCACCGCCCACACCCUGGUGCUCUUCACCCGCGGGGAGGAGAAGGAGGAGGAGGAGGAGGAGGAGGUGAAGACGCUGGAGGAGCUCCUCUCCACCCGACGCCAGGACCUCCUGGAACUGGUUGACUCCUGUGGGGGCCGGUACCACGCCCUGAGGGGGGCCGGGGGAAGAGGAGGAGCUGAGGGGGGGGAGGAGGAGGAGGAGGAGAAGCAGAGGAGGAGGAGUGUGCAGGAGCUGCUGAAGAAGGUGCAGCGGGCGCUGGGGGAGAGCGAAGAGGAUUUCUUCACGUGCGCUCUGUACGAGGAGGCGGGGGGGAGGGUGAGGCGGAGGCAGGAGCAGCUCGCCCUGGAGAGGAGAGAGAGAGCCGUACGGGGGGGAAUCGAGGAGGAGGAGCCUGGGGCCCACGAGGCAGAAGGAGCAGAGCAGGAGGAGCGAGAGUGGGAGGCGGCGGCGAGGAGCGUGGUGGACCUGGACGUGGACGUGGGCGGGGUUCUGGCCUCCCUGGCCGUCUCCCCCGCCUCCCCCCCUCCCUCCCUGCUGUGGGGGCUGUGGGAGAGGCUCCUGGGUUGGCUCCGCAGGGUCCCCGGGCUGGUCCGGCCCGAGGCGCUGCUGGGGUCCCUGGUGGGGCUCUUCGUCGGGGGGCCCAUCGGGAGGAUGCUGGGGGCCACGGCCGGGUCGGUGGCCACCGAGGUGAAGAGACGGAAAGAGAAAGAGCAGAAAACCAAAUAGGGAGGGAGGGA